CCACCAGUAGGAGGGAGGAGGGAACAUCUAUGGAGCAGCCUUCCCCAUAAUCUCUGCUCACAUUUCUCCGGCGGUGCGACCUCCCUCCGCUUUUUUUUUUCCAAACAAGCGGGACCAGGAAGCAGGAGCAAAACUUGGUACCGGUUGUGAAGUGGUCAAGAGCGGAUAUCGUCGUAACAUUCCCGAGGACUGUUUUUGAAGUGUGUGUGUGUGUGUGUGUGUGUGUGUGUGUGUGUGUGUGUGUCUUUGUUGACGCCGGACAAUUUUUUUUAAGGAGUUCUCUCCCACUCGUGGAAGAUGGGUUCCGUCCCGGUGAUAUCAGCUCUGGUCUUGGCCGUCGUGGUGCCAUCGUUGGCCGGAUACAUCGAGGCACUCGCAGCCAACGCAGGCACCGGGUUUGCUGUGGCCGAGCCGCAGGUAGCCAUGUUCUGUGGCAAGCUCAACAUGCACGUCAACAUCCAGACCGGCCGCUGGGAACCAGACCCAUCAGGAACCAAGAGCUGCGUGGGCACCAAGGAGGGUGUGUUGCAUUACUGCCAGGAGAUGUACCCUGAUCUCCAGAUCACCAACGUGGUGGAGGCCAACCAGCCGCUGCGCAUUGACAACUGGUGCAAAAAGGAGAAGAAGGUGUGCAAGGGCCACACCCACGUCGUGGUGCCUUAUAAAUGCCUCGUUGGCGAGUUUGUUAGCGACGUGCUGCUGGUUCCAGAGAAGUGCAGGUUCUUCCACAAGGAGCCCAUGGACCUGUGCGCAAGCCACCAGCAGUGGCACAAUAUGGCCAAGGAGGCGUGCUCCAAGAGCUCGACAGUGCUGCACAGCUACGGCAUGCUCCUCCCGUGCGGCACUGACAAGUUCCAUGGCACAGAGUUCGUCUGCUGCCCUCCCUCCCGCACUGAGGAGUCGGCCGACUCUACCAGGGAGCAAGAGGAGGUAGAGGAAGACAUGGAGGAUGAGGAGAUCAAAGAGCGUGACAUGGAUAAAGAUGAGGACGCACUAGAGGACAGCGAGGCCCUGGCUGAGGAGCAACCCACACAGGAGGAGGAGACAAUGGAUGAGGAGAACGAGGAGGAGGAUGAGGACGAGGACGAGGAGGAUUACCACUAUGUAUAUGAGUAUGAGGAGGUAGAUAAGGAGGACGAUGACAAGCGAGACAGCAGCAGAAUGUCUGACAGCCGAGACGAAGAGGACAAGACUCUGCAUGAAGUCAAAGCCGUGUGCACCCUGGAGGCGGAGACGGGCCCCUGCCGGGCCUCUAUGCCCCGCUGGCACUUUGACAUGACCCAAAGGAAGUGUGUGCUCUUCAUCUACGGAGGAUGUGCUGGGAAUCGCAACAACUUUGACUCAGAGGAAUACUGUAUGGCUGUGUGCAAGCGACUCGCCACACCACCCACUCCUCAGCCCACCGACGAUGUGGACAUUUACUUUGAGACACCGGCGGACGACAAGGAGCACAGUCGCUUCCAGAGAGCCAAGGAGCAGCUGGAGAUUAGGCACCGCAAUCGCAUGGCGAGGGUGAGGAAAGAGUGGGAGGAGGCAGACCACCAGGGCAAGAACCUGCCCAAGGCUGAGAGGCAAACUUUGGUGCAGCACUUCCAGGCCAUGGUGGCGUCCCUAGAGGAGGAGGCUGCUAGCGAGAAGCAGCAGCUGGUGGAGACCCACCUGGCCCGGGUGGAGGCCAUGCUGAAUGACCGGCGCCGGCUGGCGCUGGAGAACUAUCUGGCGGCCCUGCAGGCAGACCCACCUAAGCCUCAUCGCAUCCUACAGGCGCUUCGCCGCUACGUGCGUGCCGAGAACAAGGAUCGCCAGCACACCAUCCGCCACUACCAGCACGUCCUGGCUGUGGACCCUGAGAAGGCAGCUCAGAUGAAAUCACAGGUGAUGACCCACCUGCAUGUGAUCGAGGAGAGGAUGAACCAGAGUCUGUCCCUGCUCUACAAGGUCCCCUACGUUGCAGAGGAGAUUCAGGAUGAAAUUGAUGAGCUACUCCAGGAACAGAGAGCAGACAUGGACCAGUUCUUGUCCACCAUCUCCGAGUCCCAGCCUGACGUGACUGUGUCGUCAGAGGAGAGUGUGGAGGUUCCUGUUGUGUCAGAGGGGAAACCCUACAGGCCCAUCCAGGUCACUUCCUUGGGAUCCCACCCGGAACCAGAAGGUUCCGCCGUGUCCGGCCUGGAAGGUCUGAUCGGCGCAGAGGAGAAAAGAAUCAACAGCGAGACCAAGAUGGGACCAAAUGUGGUGAUUGAUGAGUCUCUGGAUGUUAAAGAAGUUGUUUACAGUGCAGAGAGAAUCCACAUAAUGCAUGAUGAUGAGCUGAAGACGUACAGGCCCCUCGGCGAGGACUUCAGCUUUGGCAGCAGCGUUCUCAUUGGUCUGCUGGUGAUCGCAGUCGCCAUAGCGACGGUGAUUGUCAUCAGCUUAGUGCUGCUGCGGAAGAGGCAGUAUGGCACCAUCAGUCACGGCAUCGUGGAGGUGGAUCCCAUGUUGACACCGGAGGAACGCCACCUUAACAAGAUGCAGAACCACGGCUAUGAGAACCCCACUUACAAAUACCUGGAGCAGAUGCAGAUCUGAGCCCUUGGGGGUGCCACCGUGGAGCCUACUGGAGCGUACUACUGACCUAUAAUUCCAUAACAAGAUGAUAAUGAUGAUGAUCAUAACAAUGCUGAUUGUUCACUCAUUUGCAUACAUUCUCCCUGCCUCUUUUUUUUUUUCUUGUGCAUUGUUGUUGAUUCCGAGGAGUUCUCUAUUGUCAUUUCCACUAGCUUGGAUCAAGGAUGUGUAACAUUUCUGCAUUUUUUUUUUUUUUUUUUGUAGAUGUGAAUCCAAAACUGUUUGUCAUGUUUUUAAGACAGAAUUGACACCGCCGUUUUUUGUUCUUUCUCCUCUUAGUAGGUUGCUUGUAUAUGAAGGUUCUUUGUACCAAUUAAAAUGUAUAGUGAAAGCGCAGAUGAGGGGGGAAAAUACAUUGAAUUACAGAUGAUACAUAGAAAUGAUAUUAUAAGAAUGAAAUAUAUAUUCCAUUUGACUGGCGAUGCCCAACGUCAGCUGGGAUAGGCUCCAGCUCACCUGUGACUCUAACAAGGACAAACAUGAUUGAAAGUGGAUGGAUGGAUCAUAUGAUCAAAAUGCAUAUCUACAGCUCUGGGAAAAAAUAAAGAAACCACUGAAAAAUGA